AUGCUUGAUGAAAGAAAAAUAGCUUUGGAGGGUCUUAAAAAAAGUGAUUCAACAAAUGCUAAUAAGUAUCAAACUGAAAUUAAUGAGAUUAAUAAAUUACUUGGGGAAGUAACCGGUCUAACAGACGAAAAGAAAAAGUUUGAAAAAGAAAUUGAAGAUUGGUUGAAAAAAUAUUCGCAUGGUGGUUCCGAGCCUCUUUUUGGCAGUUCCUUUAAUGCCUCGAAUGUAGCAGAAACAAUUUCAGGUGGAAACGGAACUGAUGGAGCAGCAAAUAGACUUGGUUCUGGUGGCUCUGAUUCUUAUGGUCUUGACGAAGUUAAAUCUAACAUCCAAAUAGGAAUGUUAGAAGCAGUUUUCCCCGAAGUGUUGCGGCAGUUUCACGCCCGAGUUAUUAAGAAACAGGACGUAGAAAAGUUUAUGAAUGAUAAUCCUAAUACUGCCUUUUGGGAUAAUAAAAUCAGUAAUCCAAAAUCUUCAAGCGAAAUAAAAAAAAUAGAUACUUCUCAUGGCACUAAAUAUGAUAAAAAGGUACCAAAAGAUAUUGUUAAUAACAUAAAACCACUUAAAAAAUUAGACAUUAAAGACUUUUUGAAUGAGGAAAAUUACCCCGACCCUCUCGAUAAAGUAAAUUUGGAUGGUAAAAGCGAUAAAGACCUAAAAACAACAUUUGCCGGCAAAGAAGAAGCCUCAGUUAAUAGCGAAUUAGCCAAAACUACUGAUUCUGCUAAAAAAUAUCAAGCAUAUACUGCUUUACAAAGCACUGGGAAUGGCAACUGUUUCUUAAAUUCUUUCUCUAUUUUACUAAAUGGUGAUGAAGCUUUGGCUACCCGAUUGCGAGCUAAAUUAUGUUUAGAAUUAAUGAGCGUUCAAGAAAUCACCGAAAAAUUAACUAACCGAACUAUUGAAGGUCAAGCUUGUUCUUUAACUAAAACUGAUUCUUAUAAGGAAGUUGUUAAAACUGGUGGUUUUGCGAUAGUGGAAUAUCCAGUAAAAGGUGCUAAUCCUUUUGGUAAACUUUCUAUUACUGAAAUAAAAAUUAAAAUGGUAAAUAUUGAUCCAAGAAGAGCAAAAAUUUCUGAUAAAAUUAAUCAAGUUUCGACUACUGAAGGAAAGGGAGUAAUUGUAAGGAAGCCAAAUAAAGGAGGAGAAGGCUAUUUAUUUUUAUUAGGAACUUUAUCUGAUAUUGAAUAUGAUAGCCUAGAAGAAAAUGGCACUCCUUAUAAAAAAGCAACUGUAACUUAUAUUACAAGAACCGGAGAAGAAGACUUUAACGAAGACUUAUUGGAAGAAAAUGACCCUAAAGACUUUGUGGUUUUUAGCAAUAAUGAUAAAUGGGAGCCGGAAUUACAACUUAAUCGAACUCAACUUGAUUAUUUAGACCAAAUUUAUAAAACCAUGAUUGUUGACUUAAAACGCAGUUUGCCACAUUUACAUUAUAGUGUAUUUCGUCGUCUAAAUGGCAUUAAACAUAAUACUGCCAAAAAAGAAGAAAGACAAAAUAAUCCCGAAAUUGAAUUAAACGAAGACCAAUUUGAAAAUCCCGAAAAUAUCCGCUUACAAGAAAGAAUUAGUUUUUUAACCGAAUUUUAUGAAAAAUUUGGUGGCGAAAGUUAUAUUUUAGAACUCGAUGGCAAAAUAGUUUUCCAAACUGGUGAUAAAUUUAAAGAGGAAGAAAAUCAAAAACAACAAAAUCAGGAAAAAGAAAAAGUUAGAGCAACCGACCAAAAAGAAGAAAAACCAAAAUCAGAAAAAUCCGAAGAGCAGAAUUUUAGGAAAGAGAAAAUUUUAUAUCGAGAUAGAAUUUAA